CCUACGAAAGUCCUGGGUAUUUACACUUUCACCAAACGCGUUGCACUAGAGGAGUUUGAGAACAAGCCCCGAAAACAACAGGGUUACAGCACAGUCUCUCACUUCAACAUCGUCCACUACGACUGCCACCUUGCCGCCGUAAGACUUGCUCGCGGCCGUGAAGAGUGGGAGAGUGCGGCCCUGCAAAACGCCAACACGAAGUGUAACGGGCUCCUGCCAGUCUGGGGACCUCACGUGCCAGAGUCUGCUUUUGCUACUUGUUUAGCACGACACAACACAUACCUCCAGGAAUGCACAGGGCAGCGGGAACCCACCUACCAGCUCAAUGUCCAUGACAUUAAACUGCUGUUUCUCCGUUUUGCCAUGGAGCAAUCGUUCAGCGUCGAUACUGGAGGAGGAGGAAGGGAGAGCAACAUACACCUCAUUCCAUACAUAAUCCACACGGUGCUCUACGUCCUCAACACAACUCGAGCAACUUCGAGGGAGGAGAAAAACCUGCAGAGCUUCCUGGAGCACCCCAAAGAGAAGUGGGUGGAGAGUGCCUACGAGGUGGAUGGGCCCCAUUACUAUACCGUGCUGGCGCUGCACAUCUCGCCCCCCGAGAAGUGGAAAGCCAUGCGAGUGGAGAUCCUCAAGAGGCUCCUUGUCACCUCCCACACGCGAGUGGUGUCACCAGGGGGAGCCAGCAGACUGGCGGAUAAGACAGUGAAGGAAUACGCCACGUACCGCUCUGGCCUUCUCUUCUGGGCCCUAGUAGAUCUCAUUUACAACAUGUUCAAGAAGGUGCCUACCAGUAACACAGAGGGAGGCUGGUCCUACUCUCUUGCCGAAUUCAUACGACACAAUGACAUGCCAAUACAUGAAGCUGCAGACAAGGCCCUGAAAACCUUCCAGGAGGAGUUCAUGCCAGUUGAAACGUUUUCCGAGUUUUUGGAUGUGGCUGGACUCUUGUCAGAAGUCAGUGAUCCCGACAGCUUCCUCAAGGAUCUUUUGAACUCCAUCCCCUGAGCCGCCAGCACAGAGAAGCGUUGGGCAGAGACUACACUAGCUUGCCUUCCAUCCCUUUGUGUUCCUCCUUGUGCGGUCUGUCCCUUCCCUGAGGAGUGCUGCAGUUGGUUGUUGUUUGGGGUUUUUUUUCUACUUUUUUUUUUUUUUCCCCCCCCUUCCUUGGAGUGUUUUGGAAUUUAGGUUUGUUUUAUCUUGUGUUUCAGUGCUUCUGUCUGUAAAGCGUUCUGUAUUUGAGCUGGUUGAAAGAACUUGUACAGAGAGGAAUCCAAACCAGUAAUCUUAAUGGUUUAGUGUGCACCUCUUUGAAGUUAAAUAAAUGGAACAA